UUCUCUGGAACCUGGAGAUUUCCUCUUUCGCUUGUCUGGGUCAUCUUGUCUGCCCGUCGCUGGCCCAUCUCUCUCUCUGGCCCCAUCUCUCUCUGUGUCUCAGCAGCUGUCUCUCGCACGCCCGCUGGCCUGUUUCUUCCCCGCAGUCGCCUCCUCCUGCCUGGGUGGCCACCAUGGGCCGGAAGCGGCUCAUCACAGACUCCUACCCGGUUGUGAAGAGGAGGGAGGGACCCGCUGGGCACAGCAAGGGGGAGCUGGCACCAGAACUAGGUCUCUGAAGCAUGGGGGUGGCAGAAGGACUGGAAACGCAGGGACCACAUAGGGAAGAGCCCCAGCCCCCCAGCGAGGAACAUGCAGAACUGGAGCUGCUGCGGCAGUUUGACCUGGCCUGGGAGUACGGGCCCUGCACAGGGAUCACACGGCUACAGCGCUGGCAUAGAGCAAAGCAGAUGGGCUUGGAGCCACCCCUGGAGGUGUGUCAGGUGCUGAAGAGCCACCCUGGAGACCCUCGCUUCCAAUACAGCCUUUGGCAUCUCUAUCCCUUUUGAGGUACCACCAGGCCAUCCUGCCCUCGACACACUUGCUCGCUACUGAGAACUUCAGGAAAGAAGAAAACAACUAGUUUCUGCUGUUCAGCUCAGUUCUGCUAUGAAAGACUAUUUGGUAGCUGAGUCUGGAGGUAUCAGCCCCUCCAUCUAACCAGCAGACUCCAACAGCCUCCUCCGAGGCCUGUGCACCUCCAAGAUGGACAGUGGUCACUGGGAAUGAGGACCUGGCCAUGACCUAUGGUGUGGCAAAGCCUUGUGCAGAGCAGAUGAAUCAGAAGGCAAAGAUGCACUUCCCACCAAACACUGGCAAUCUGAGGGCAGGACUGGCUGAGCUCACAGGGCAAGGGGUUCACUACUGCUUACAAUAAAGUACAUUGAGUCUGAAA